AUGACAGCUCUAAGAGCAACCCACAUUCGUCUGGGUCACAGCGUUGGAGAUGACCUACGUCGUGCUUGGACCCGGUUGAGGCCUAGCCGACCGCUCGAUGUUGCUCUUUCAACCAUUCUCAUCCUUCUAUUUUAUAGACUACACCAGGAAUACAAUCUUCCAACACUAUCUACAGUCAUGCAUUUCACAACCAAUUUUAUAACAGAUGCUUGGAGGUUGCCAGGUGUCAUUCUGCCCGGGUUCCUAUUCAUAACCUUCCUAGCUCUUGCCGCGUUUCUCGUCUACAAAGCAGUCUACAAUCGCUAUUUCCAUCCUUUGUCGAGGUAUCCUGGACCAUUUUGGGGUAGUGUAACAGACUUAUACAAAUUCUACGCCAUCAAUUCGAUCCCAACAGAGGGUCUAAAACUGCACCAAGAACACGGGCCUCUCAUCCGUCUCGCUCCCAACCUUUUGUCGUUCUGUGACCCACGCCUGUUACCGGACAUUUAUCAUGCGCGGGCUGACAAAACACCUUUCUAUAGCUCCUGGCUGUUUGGCAACGCGGUUGGAAUGUUUCAAACGUUGGAUAAUAGGGAGCAUGCUAGGAAGUCGAAGAUCGUGGCUCCAUGCUGCUCGAUGAAGACCCUGAAGAAGUUCGAAAAGACAAUCGAUGAACGGAUUGCAGAAUUGUGCGAUAGGAUCAAACAGAGAUCUACGGCACACGAAGCUGUCGACUUUUCAGAGUACGUUCGUUGGUGGCUUGCCGAUGUCUACAGUCACAUCGCCUACGGCGAGCCGCUGGGAUGCGUCGCACGGGGACACGACGUCAACGGACUGAUCGAUGCUAUACAAAGCGCAUACUCUAUGGUCGGUACCGUAGCAGUUCUACCCUGGCUCUUCAUCCCUCUCAUCAAAAACGCUCUCUUGAAGAAACUGGUCGUGCCGUACCUGAAGGCUUCAAAAGGCAUCAAGAAACUCACAGACAACUACGAGAACAUGAUGGUCAAACGAUCAACGGAACCCCAUCUCAAAUUCCGGCCUUGCCUCUUCGACAGCCUCUUGAUCCCUAACCCAAGCCGCGAAUCCCUAAGCCCUUCCGAAAUCGCCGCCGAGCAUAUCCUCUUCACCUCCGCCGCCCUCGACGGCCUCGCCGCCUUCAUCUCCCCCUUCAUCGACCACGUCACCCAAAAUCCCUCCAUUUACCGCACGCUCAUGGCCGAAAUCACCGACUUCGAGCGCCGCGGCGCCCUCUCCGGCCCCGUCGUCUCCCACGCCGAAACGACCGCCCUCCCGUACUUCAUGGCCUGCAUCAGCGAAUGCUUGCGCUUCGAGUCCCCCGCGCAGACCAUCUUGCCUCGCUAUGUCUCGGCGGGCGGACUGGUGUAUGACGGCGAGGUCAUCCCGGCGGGGACGGAGAUGGCCGCUUCGCCGUACAUCAUCCAUCGCAGCCGCGCCGUCUUUGGCGAGGACGCCGAUACGUUCCGGCCCGAGCGAUGGUUGGAGGAUCAAGAGCGCAGUGCGCGGAUGGAACGGUAUGGGAUGUGGUGGGGUUACGGGACGAGGCAGUGUACGGGGAAAUAUCUGGCGCAGAUGCAGAUGCAGAAAUUGUGUUUGGAGAUUCUGAGGCGGUUUGAAGUAAAGGCGAAGGAUCCGGAGAGGAGAUUUGUGCAUAAGAGGUGGGCGGUUGGAAUGUUUUGGGAGCAGGAGAUGAUGUUUAGAGGGCGGGAGAUGGGAAAAUAUUAA